ACAGUCUCACUGAGAAGACAACAGGCAAACAGCUACAUAACAAGAUAGACAGACAUAGGAUAAAGUGGAGAUAGCUGCAGAAGUAAGGCUUCUCGCAGACGGUGAACUUUAGUUGAGACUUGACGGAAACCAGGGAAGCUCCACUCAGUGGAGACACACAGACAGCAGCAAAGUAGGAGUUCGUGGAAAGGGGUAUUUCCCUGGGGGUGGCAGGGAGUUGCUAUCGACUAAUAGGGCCCACACUCCCUCCUCCACAUUCCCCAGCCCCUCCCUAGGGUCGCACCAGGCUCAGCCUCCCCCUUUUCAGGCCGCACCCUCCCGGAAGAGGGUUGGGGUGUGGGGGGAGGGGGAGGUCCACGGGGGAAUCCUCUAGGAGCUGUGACAGGCAGAUGGCUGAGAUGCAAAUACUCCAGGCUAGGACUCAUCAAGUGGCUGAAUAAAGACAUCAGCAUCUCACCUCACAAGAGAGGAGGUGACAGGAAUAACCUCUCCUCUAAGCACCUGCUUGCCUGCUCCCUGGGAUCAGUGGGAAUCAGAGGACCUGUCUCCAUUUGCCAAGAGCUCCCCAGAUGGCAGAGAACCCUACUGAUAGUGCCCCUGUGGGCCCCUGCCUCACUCCUGAUGAAAAUGAAUUCCCCUUUGGAUACCCUAUCAGUAUCUGCCAGAAGACCCCUGAGCCCAAAUACUUGUGCUGUGGUUGCCACAAUGUUCUGAAGAAGGCCCAGCAGACCCUAUGUGGCCACCGCUACUGUGCUGCCUGCCUCUCCUGGAUAGUGAGGAUCAGCAAGAACCCUAUAUGUUCAAGAUGCAAGGAAGAGAAUCCGCAGGCUGUGGGAGAUGAAAGUUUCUUAUCGGAAGAGAAGGCUUUCAUUGAUGCUGCCAUUAAUAAGGAGAUCUCUGAGCUAAGUGUGCAUUGCGUGAUUUCUGGGUGCGGCUGGACUGGCCUCAUGAAGAAUUUUGAGACACAUGUAUGUGGAGGAAUCUUCUUGAAGGACCACAAGCAGACCGUGACGGAGAUCAGUACAGAAGAGAAGGAUGAUUUGGUGCCAGCUGAGGUCCAGGGUAGAUGCUCCUUUGCAGACAUUGGCUGUUCCUUCAAGCAGGGUAGCCAGGAAAUGGUGAAGGAGCAUGAGGCUUCCUCACUGAGGGACCAUGUAAGGCUGCUGUUACAGUUUGUGAGCCAAGUGAAGGCCCAGUCAGAUGCCAACAGAGAGAAAAGGAUAUCAGGCCUCAGUUGCACCAAGCCAAGUAUGAAUCCCCUGGAGGGAAACCUGUCUGACCUACAAUUACAAGGAGCUGUGGAGGUCAAUGGUGACUUGGAGGCUGACUGCUUUCAUGCUGCCUCCUCUGACUCUGAGGAGGAGCUGGCGCUUCAGAGGUUCAUGAAGGAGAAGCUGCUUGCUGAGCUGGAAGAGAAGCUGCAUGUGUUUGAGAAUAUUGUGACUGUCCUGAACAAGGAGGUGGAGGCCUCCCACCUGGCCAUUGCUGCCUCCGUGCACCAGAGUGGACUGACCCAGGACCUCAUCCUGGGCUUAGAGCAGCGGGUCAUGGAUUUGCAACAGACCCUGGCCCAGAAAGACCUUGCCCUGACCAAGUUGGAGCAGAGCCUCCAUCUCCUGGAGGAGGCUUCCUAUGAUGGCGUCUACCUAUGGAAAAUCACCAACUUCACCAGGAGAUGUCAUGAGUCUGCAUGUGGAAGGAUGGUCAGUCUGUUCUCACCAGCUUUUUACACUGCCCGCUAUGGCUAUAAAUUAUGCCUUCGGAUCUACCUGAAUGGAGAUGGGACAGGAAAAGGCACACACCUUUCACUCUUUAUUGUGGUCAUGAAAGGGGAAUAUGAUGCUCUCCUGGAGUGGCCUUUCCGGAAUAAGGUCACAUUCAUGUUGCUGGACCAGAACAACAGAGAACAUGUCACUGAUUCCUUUCACCCAGAUCCAACCUCAGGCUCCUUCCAGAGGCCACAGGGGGAAAGCAACAUAGCCAGUGGCCGUCCUAUGUUCUUCCCACUGAACAAACUACAGUCCCCUAAACAUGCCUAUGUGAAAGAAGACACAGUGUUCCUCAAGUGUGUUGUAGAAACUAACUCAUAAAGCUGGGAUACAGAGGCCCAGCCAGACCAUAGAGGAAUGCUAAAACAAGAAAACACUUAGAAAGAAGUUAAUGUAAAGAAUCACUCUCACUAUUGGAAAGAACCUGAGAGGCCAUCUAGCCCUGCACAGAUCUCUUCAUUAGCGUUCCAGACGUGUGAUCGUCUAGACUCUACUUGAACACUUCCAGUAAUGGGGAACUCACUACCUCUAAUGUCUCAGCCCAUUCCAUUGUUGGACAGCUCUUUUACUAGAAAAUUCAUUAAACCUCCUUUGCUGUGACUUCCAA